AUGUCCGACGACUCAGAUUUCGAUCCCGACUUUAUACCCGAGUCGGACGAUAGUGAAUUAACUUCGGACGACGAUGAAUCGACGAGUAACAGUAAUGCUAACUCCGAUGGUGAUACUAUGACGCCGCCGAACCGCGGCGCUGGCGCCGGCUCAUCUCAACGUCCAGUUCAACGUGCGCAGACGUCGAGUAACGCAAGUUGCUGGUACCCGCCAACUGGAACCCGUCAGCAAGUAUUUCCUUUUACUGGCACUCCUGGUGUGAAAAACAUCCCCCAAUUGUGUGAGACUGAAUUGGAUUAUUUUCUUUUGUUUGUUGACGAAGAGAUUAUCAACUUGAUGGUGACAAUGACUAAUUGUUAUGCAGUAAAGACCAAAAUAACUACAACUUUGCGACGUUCGAGUAGACUGAAUGACUGGAAAGAUUGUGAUCAACAAGAAAUGAAAAAAUUUAUUGGCUUAUUGAUGUGGAUGGGCCUGAAAAAGCUGCCUAAAAUUGCAGAUUACUGGAGUCGUAACCCGCUAUAUGAAAAUAAAGUGGCUGGAUCUACUAUGAGCCGAAAUCGUUUCGAAUUGUUACUGCGUUGUUGGCAUUUCGAAGAUACCUUUUUUGCCGAGACAUCACGCACAGAUAAGUUGAUCAAAAUAAGGCGUUUAGUUCAGUUGAUCACAACCAAAUACCAAAAUUUUAAGACUCCUGAUGAAUACCUGACAGUCGAUGAGACCAUGGUUGCGUUCCGUGGGCGUAUAAAGUUCAUGCAAUAUAUACCAGGUAAAAGGCACAAAUACGGUAUCAAGCUUUUUAAAAUAUGUGGAGACGACGGUUAUACGUUUGAUUUAAUUGUAUACGAAGGCAAAAAGGGUCCUGAGCGCCAACAGAAUUUAUCCAAAAACGUGGUGAUGGAAUUGAGCACUAAGUUCUUAGAUGCUGGCCGAAGCAUCAUUACUGAUAACUAUUAUACGAGCGUAGAUUUGGCCGAGUCUCUAUUACAACAUUCCACGCAUUUGAUAGGCACCGUCAGAAAAAACCGGAAAGGGUUACCCAAGAAUGUAGUAGGCGAGAAAUUGAAGAAGGGAGAAUUGGUUGCGAUGGAAAACGAAAAGGGGAUUUUGGUAUUUAAGUGGAAGGAUAAGAGAGAAGUCUUGGCCUUGUCUACUAAACACAAAGUGGGAUUUGUCACUGUUACAAGCAAGCGCAACAAAAAUAAAUGUUCUCUGAAACCUAUAGCAAUUGCGGACUACAAUAAGCACAAAUGCUCAAUUGACCUUUCUGAUCAGAUGGGAAGCUACUGCAACCCAUCACGACGUAGCAUUCGUUGGUUCCAAAAACUCGCAGUAGAAUUGAUACUGAACACAUCUGUCAUAAAUGCUUUUCUUGUUUACACGGCACAUAAAAGAGUGAAAUCCAAACGCUACACUAUAACAAAAUUCAGAGAACAACUAAGCAUACAGUUAUUGGGUUUAUAUCAGGAAAGCACCAACGUUGCAGAGAAUCGCGAAGCAGUAGAGCAUAAGUUUGGGAAAAAUCCUAUAGCUGACCAUCGUAAUCGGAUCAUACGGCGUAAAUGUAUUCAUUGUUACCAACUACUGCGCUUGCAAGGUAAAACAAGUGUUGAAGCCAAAAAGCUAACCAAAAAGACAAACACUGUCUGCCUUUUAUGCCCCACUAAACCCAGUGUUUGCGCAGAGUGUUUCGCGACAAUACACACGAAAAAGUAA